AUGCAUAUCAAGGACCUCCUCCCCGGAAAGGACGAACAUGACCAGCCGUCGUUCUCUUUCGAGUACUUCCCGCCCAAGACGGCCCAGGGUGUCCAGAAUCUGUACGAGCGCAUGGAUCGCAUGUACAACUUCGGGCCCAAGUUCAUCGACAUCACCUGGGGUGCUGGCGGCCGCAGCGCUGAGCUGACCUGCGAGAUGGUCCUUCAGGCCCAGGCAGUCUACGGUCUCGAGACUUGCAUGCAUCUCACCUGCACGGAUAUGGGUCGCGAAAUGGUCGAUGACGCGCUGGAGAAGGCGUACAAGGCUGGCUGCACCAACAUCCUCGCCUUGCGAGGUGACCCCCCCCGAGAGCAGGAGAAGUGGACAGCUGCCACAGAUGGCUACGCCUACGCCCGGGACCUUGUUAAGCAUAUCCGGAAAGCGUACGGUGACCAUUUCGACAUUGGUGUCGCCGGGUACCCGGAGGGCUGUGACGACAACAAGGACGAGGAACAGCUCCUUGAUCACUUGAAGGAGAAGGUCGACGAGGGUGCAUCAUUCAUCGUUACCCAGAUGUUCUACGAUGGCGACAACUUCAUCCGUUGGGUGCGCAAGGUGCGCGAGCGUGGCAUCACCAUCCCCAUUCUGCCGGGUAUCAUGCCUAUCGCCACGUACAACAGCUUCCUGCGCCGCGCAAAGCACAUGCAGUGCAAAGUGCCCCAGGAGUGGAUGGACAAGCUCGAGCCAGUCAAGAAUGACGACGUUGCUGUGCGGGAGAUUGGAAAGACGCUGGUCGCCGACAUGUGCCGCAAGCUGCUCGCCAACGGCAUCAACCACCUUCACUUUUACACAAUGAACCUCGCGCAAGCCACCCGCAUGGUGCUAGAGGAGCUGCACUGGGCGCCAUCUGCAGCUCGCCCCUUCACCCAGGCUCUGCCCUGGAAGCCUUCCAAGGGUCUCGGCCGCCGCGACGAGGAUGUGCGACCCAUCUUCUGGCGCAACCGCCAGAAGGCUUACAUUAUGCGCACGCAGGACUGGGACGAGUUCCCCAACGGUCGAUGGGGUGAUUCCCGCUCCCCUGCCUUUGGCGAGCUCGAUGCCUACGGUAUCGGCUUGACCGGCACCAACGAGGCCAACAGGAAGAAGUGGGGGGAGCCGCAGUCCUACCGCGAUGUUGCCGACCUGUUCUGCCGGUACCUGAGCAAGGAGGUUGAUUCGUUGCCAUGGAGCGAGUCGCCUUUGACGGUUGAAUCCGAUGCUAUCAAGGACGACCUCUACGCCCUCAACAAGCGCGGUAUCCUGACCAUCAACUCGCAACCUGCCGUGAAUGGCGUCAAGUCGACCCACCCAGUCUUUGGCUGGGGACCUACCCACGGGUAUGUGUAUCAAAAGUCAUACCUCGAGGUUUUGGUGCACCCUAGCAUCUACGAGAAGCUGGUCGACCGCGUGAGCAAGCUGCCGGACCUCACCUACUACGCCGUCACCCGCACGGGCGAACUCGAGUCCAACGUGCCCUCCGAGGGCCCUAACGCCGUGACCUGGGGCGUGUUCCCCGGGAAGGAAAUCGUGCAGCCAACAAUUGUCGAGAGCGUGUCCUUCCUCGCGUGGAGGGACGAGGCCUUCCAGUUGGGCAUGGACUGGGCCAAGUGCUUCGAUGCAUCGUCACCUAGCCGCAAGGUAGUUGAGAGUAUCAUGACUGACUGGCACUUGAUCAACAUCGUGAACAACGAUUUCCAAGACCAGACCGGUAUUUUCAAGGUGUUCGAAGGCCUAGAGCUCGACUGGGACGCCGUGAGUAAGCCCAUUGCCAGCGGGGAGACGCAGAGCAAUGGCAACCACGCUGCCGAACCAGCUGCCAACGGCGCUGCUGCUGCUGCUGCUGCUGCCGCGGUCUGA